AUUUUCCAGGUUCAUGAACCUUUUCUUUUUUUUUCAUUUAAUCUCUCUAUAUAAAUAUAACCAAACCUCUUUUUAUUCUCAUUCACACCGGACACUUCGAAAUCUCAACAAGAACAAGAACCCACAGAUAUAAAAAGAAACAUUUUCAAGAAUUUUUCUAAAUAUAUCUCUAUCUUAUUAUUAUGUCGAUGACGGCGGAAUCUCAAUCGGACUACGCUUUUCUCGAGUCGAUACGACGACACUUACUUGGUGAAACAGAGGCGCGACUCAGUGAGUCGAUGACGAGUUCAGGGGAGCAAUCUUGUACUACAACAGGUAACAGCGUUAAACCGGUGUACGGACGUAACCCUAGCUUCGGCAAGUUGUAUCCUUGCUUCACCGAGAGCUGGGGAGACUUGCCGCUGAAGGAAAACGAUUCUGAGGAUAUGUUAGUUUACGACAUCCUCAACGACGCUUUUCACGGCGGUUGGGAACCGUCUUCUUCUUCUUCCGACGAAGAUCGCAGCUCUUUUCCGGCUGUUAAGAUCGAGACUACCGAGAGUUUCGCGGCUGUGGAUUCUGUUCCGGCGAAGAAAAAGACUAGUCCGGUUCUUCCGGUUGCUGCUGCGGCGGUGGCGGCGAAGGGAAAGCAUUAUAGAGGAGUGAGGCAAAGGCCGUGGGGGAAAUUUGCGGCGGAGAUUAGGGAUCCGGCGAAGAACGGAGCUAGGGUUUGGUUAGGGACGUUUGAGACGGCGGAAGACGCGGCGUUGGCUUACGACAGAGCUGCUUUUAGGAUGCGUGGCUCCCGCGCUUUGUUGAAUUUUCCGUUGAGAGUUAAUUCAGGAGAACCCGACCCGGUUCGGAUCAAGUCCAAGAGAGCUUCUUCUUCUUCAUCUUAUGCCGGAGCUCCGAAGAAGAGGAGAACGGUGGCCGCCGGUGAUGGAACGGAUAAGGGAUUGACGGUCAAGUGCGAGGUCGUUGAAGUAACACGUGGCGAUAGUUUAUUGGUUUUGUAGUUUUUGAUUUUUCUUUGUUGGAUUAUUAUGAUUCUUCUAAAAGAUAAAACGUUAAUAAGAAAUUCGUUUAUUAUUAUUAUUAUUAUUA